AUGUCGAUGUUUCUCAACACGCCCGCGGGCAUGCACAAUGAUAAUGUGGGCUUCACAGAGGAGGAUCGUGAGAUCCAAUCCCGUGGCCGCGACCCAUACCGCGAGGGCGAAAUGGCUGGGGCUGAGAGAGACGGGAAUAAGGAGCCGACUAGGGGCAGAUGUGGAAAGUUUGGCCUCAGAGCUGCCAUAGACUACCGCGAAAAGUCGAAAAAGGAUCAAGCAGGCAAGACCCUUGUCGACAGUGAAAAGUUGCUGCAGUACGCAACUGACAUAGGAAUUACCGUUGCAGAAGCCAGGCAUAAUCUGAUGCACCAGCUCCAUCAGCUACCAAAGGCCAUUGGUCAGGGAGAGAGUGAGGACAAGGCCAAGGAAAAGCAACAGGAAGGGAAGGAUAAGCAGCCUGAGUCAUAG